GGCGGUGGCGGGACGUUCAAAUCCUGCUGUAAGUCACACUGUAUGUCGAGAUAACCAUAAAACAGAAGAAACACUCACAAACAAAGACAUGGAUUGUUUGAAUGUGGCGAAAAUUUUACCCAAUUCCCCGCGGAAGACAACAGGACAGAUCCAGAUUAUUUUCGGACCGAUGUUCUCAGGAAAAAGCACGGAGCUGAUGCGGCGUGUGAGGAGGUUCCAGGUCGCCCAGUAUUCCUGUUUGCUCAUCAAAUACGCCAAAGACACUCGCUAUUCUGAGACGGGGAUGGCCACUCAUGACAAGAAUAUGAUGGAUGCGGUUCCUGCUAGUCUUCUGCGUGAUGUUCGGUCUCGGGCUCUCCAGGCGUGUGUGAUCGGCAUCGACGAGGGACAGUUUUUUCCAGACACCGUUGAGUUCUGUGAAGAAAUGGCCAACAUGGGGAAAACCGUCAUAGUGGCAGCGCUUGAUGGAACAUUCCAGAGAAAGCCCUUUGGGAACAUCCUGAAUCUGGUUCCUCUGGCGGAGAGUGUGGUGAAGCUGAACGCCGUGUGCAUGCAGUGCUUUAAAGAGGCAGCUUACACCAAGAGACUGGGCUCUGAGAAAGAGGUGGAGGUGAUCGGCGGGUCUGAUAAAUAUCACGCUGUGUGUCGGGUGUGUUACGGAGAUCUGAUGACGAGUAAAGAGAACCGAGACCCGAUGCGAGACGAGACGCCGCCACAUCACGUGACGUCUGGGAAACCUCUGGAUCACGGCGCGACACGCAAGCUCUUCGCUUCCCUUCACCUCUGAACACGACUGUUACGACCUGAGCACUUGGUGUGUGUGUGUGUGUGUGUGUGUGUCGUCUGCUGUUGAUUUCCUGUAAAUAAUAACGUGAACUUCUUGAUCCAGCUAAAUAUUGUGUUUGUAUCUUCACAUCCUUUGAACGUAUUUUAAUAUAAAUGAUCUUAAUCUAUUUAAAUGUCUAACGAGACCAGCUGACAUCCUGAAACACUGCCAUGGAAGUGAUGUUUAUUAUCAUUAAAACAUUUUUCUUUUUACAUUAAUCAUUUUCUGCUCACUAGGAAUUUGGUACAUGAAGUUUUAAUUCAACAGAUGCAUGUUAAUAAAAUAGACACUUCUAAAUCAAAGACUUGUUUGUUUUAAUUUAGAAAUGCAACCAGUGUUUGUUAGUAAGUGCAAUAGAAAUAACUGUAAUCUGGUUAUGCAGAGACAACACCUGAAAACAUGUGAACACACAAUAAAUAAUAACAAAAUUGACAAUCCUGAUGUAUUAAUGUUGCUGUAUAUCAUCUAAGCUUUUU